ACCUAACUCCGUUCCAGUCUGUCUCGUAUCUGUAAUCGCAAUUCGCAGGUUCGAGGAGCUCGAAACGACCGUCGUCAUCGUCGCCGUCGCCGCCGCGUCUUCCUCCGUCAAUGGCGGCUUUGUUGACCUCAGUCGUAAGCGUGCGCCCAAUUGUCGCCGGCGCCGCAAGCAUCGCUAUCCGGUGCACUCUUCUGAGACCUUCGACCGCCUUCUUCGUGCCUGAAUCCCGGAUCUGGCCGGAAAUUUCGUCUUCCGCCGCGCUCCCCUGGACGCCUGCUUCCCAAAGAAGAGCCCGCUGCACCGUAUCGCCUCGCGCGGAGGUGAAGGAAGCUGCGCUGCAGUCUAAGGUGACCACCAAAGUCUACUUCGACAUCAGCAUCGGCAACCCGGUGGGGAAGGAUGUGGGCAGGAUUGUGAUAGGGUUGUACGGGGAUGAUGUCCCUCAAACCGCAGAAAAUUUUCGUGCUCUUUGCACAGGUGAGAAAGGCUUCGGUUACAAAGGAUCUGCAUUUCAUCGUGUGAUCAAGGAUUUCAUGAUCCAAGGAGGAGACUUUGACAAGGGAAAUGGAACUGGUGGUAAAAGCAUAUAUGGCCGCACAUUUAAGGAUGAAAACUUCAAGUUGGUUCAUAUCGGCCCGGGAGUGGUUAGUAUGGCUAAUGCCGGACCGAACACCAAUGGAAGUCAGUUCUUCAUUUGCACUGUCAAGACACCAUGGUUGGACCAGAGGCAUGUUGUCUUUGGCCAAGUUCUUGAGGGCAUGGAUGUGGUACGGUUGAUCGAGUCACGAGAGACGGACCGUGGAGAUGGUCCCAAGAAGAGGGUUGUGAUCAGCGACUGUGGUGAGCUUCCAGUGGUCUGAACAAGAACAUUUUUUUUUUUGUUAAGAGAACCAUCUCGCACUUGUCUUUCCAACCGUCUAGUUUCACAUUCUAUUGAUGGGUCGUGAUAGGUUUCCAUUGUCUU